AUGGUAGUCGAUUACCACUCCAAUCAUUUCAGCGAUCCCAUUAACGACACCAUGGCCUCCUCUCCAACAUAUAGCUACUCAGACCACUCGACGCCUCCUCUCCCCCCUUACGCACCUCAAUACCCAACAACCACAUCCACAUCCACAUCAACCACUUACCCCCCUCCCCAAUCCCAUCCCUCCUCCUCCCCAUCCUCCUCCCCCCUCCCCUCCCUCACAUCCCCCUUCCCACUCCCCCUCCCCGCCCCCCCAAACCUCCAAAUCCGACUCCUCCCGCACCUCCCCACACUCCAAACCCUCGACGCGGCCCUAACCCAAAAAUCCGACCUCGAAGGCGGGCUUCCACCCCUCCUAGACGAAAACCGUAUGGUUGGAAAAGGAAGAAUCGAAGUCGAGGAUGGAGAGGAGGAGUUGAGCGCUAGGGAGGCGAGAGCGGUGCUGGAUGAGGGGGUGAGGAAUAGGAUGGGGUUUGUGGGGUUGGCGAGUGGGAGGUUGCAGGCUGUUGUUGGGGAGAGGAAUUGUUUGGAUUUUGAACUUCCAGAUGUCCCACUUAACCACAGUCCGUUCCUCCACCGCCUUACCAACAACACUUCCAAUCAAAACAGCAACCUGUCUCCCGCAAUCCCCUCCCAAAAUCAGUCAAAAACUAUCGGCGGCGGUUUCGACCGACGUAAAGACAGCGGUGUCAGUCUCCCCUUCCGCAGUCCCCUCAGUCCAAUCAGUCCCUGGGGUUUCGGUCAGGUCGACGAAAAAACUGGAAAAGGAUUGCGAGAAUGGCUGUUGAGUCGUGGUAAGGAGACAGGUACGCAGAGAAAGAGAGAGUGUAGGACUAUCUCGUUCCAUGAUUUCACGCCUGAUAUGAGGACGGGUGAGCAUGCGAAUGAUUUGGUGGCACACUAUAAUGGUGGCGGCUUGCAUGAGAGAGCCGAUGUUUAUGAGGUUGAUCUACCAACAACUUACAACAACCCAACCACCGGUCUGCCAACACAAGGCACCCAAACUUGGAUCUGGUUCCUCAUCUCCCGACCAAUCCUGACACUCUCCCCAACCGAGACCAACACCGACCCUGAUCUUUCUGGACACUACGAAAAAUGGGCCAAACUAGGAAUCUGGACACCUAAGCCCCUCAGCGUUGUCCGGCCUCCUCCAGAUUUCCCAAUGCCCGUUCCGACAUCCUAUGUCGUCUUCGCCUGUCCAGCAAGCAACGUUACCGCCUACCCAGACUGCAAAGACGACCACGCACCUCCAGAUCCUCCAGCAACAUCCUACAUCCGCACUCUCGCACCAUCCUACCGCACCUCCCAACUCAACUCACGCUCACGUCCCCGCGAUCCCUCACCAUCCGAACCAGACACCACUCCCUCCCCACCCAAGAGGAUCUACAAACGCAAAGACUACGACUUCUCCUUCCAAGGCACCCCCCUCUUCGAAUUCUUCUCCCUCUCAUCCCCGCACUUCACCGUCCCAAGCCCCAACCCCACCACCCCACACAGUCUCACCACCACAAUCAACGACCCCAACGACCACGCCUUCGCCAUCCUCUCCAUCGACAACAUCGGCUCCUGGUACGCUACCGACGCCUCUGGCCCCUGCACCCUCGCCGAAUACCAGACCCGCGUGCAAGACUGGGAAGCUGAGAUUGAGAAUCUGAGCCGCGAGGAGCGGAAGGACGAUGAUAGGAAGUAUCGCGAUAGGAGCACGGAGGUUCCGCAUGCGAGGGUGGGGAAAUGGUGGGAUGUGUUUUAUGAGGGUGUGUAUAAAGAGGAGAGUAGGUGGAGGAGGAUUAGGGAGAGUAUGAGUAGAGGGAAAUGUCGGAUUGUUAUUAGGUGGGUGGACGCUGAGGGUGAGGGGUCGCCGAAUGGGAAUGGUUAUGGGCAGGUUGCGAGGAAGAAGCUGAAGAUGAGUCCGAAUUUGGGGGGAAGUGGUGAUGAGGGAGAUGGGAGUGGUGAUUCUGACUUUGGCGAUGGUGGGGGUAUUGGACUCGGUUUGAGUUUCAAUACUGGUGCCGGUCAUGGCCAGUCUCAAAAUGGCAGUGGAAAAGCAGACGGCAACAACAAUGGUGGAACAACAACUCGCGCCGACAGCAAGAAGAUCAAAGAGCGUCUCUCAGGUCGACGAACUUCUGGUGGUGCUGGACAGUCGAGAGCCACACGCAGCGGAGCGAGACGAAAGAGUGGAUUGGGCGUGGUGACUAGUAGUCAGGAGGAAUUGAAUGGAGCGAUGGUAGGUGGGAAUGCCAUCGAUGGAUUCUCAGGUGUGUUGAUUGGUAUUGGGCGAGGGAACGGUGAAGGGGUCACUGGGUUGGAGGGUAUGAGUUUGAUUGAAACCUUGAAAGCUGGAGAUGGAGGGAGAGAUGUGGUGAAGGAUAAGAGACGCCAGAAGUCAGCUGACUGA